UCGUGCGUCACUGUUGCCUUUCCAGAGGAGGCUGCGAAGGAAGCUGCUUGCCCCUCUAGGAGGCCGCACUCGCUCUCCUUAACCCUUGGAGCUCCGCAGGUGGCGGAGAGGCUGCGGGAGAGUCUGGCGGGGGGAGAUCCAGACGUGCCCCGGAUACAGAAACUUGAAGCUAUUUGAAAUCUGCAAGCCAAAAUUUUCUCUUGGGGGAAACAAAAGAGCGAAAUAACUUGGAGGGAUCAGAGUCCUGAGGCGCCAGAAAUGGUCCUGUGAAGGAAAAGGCAUCUGGAGACCCAGAAGAGUCCUUGGAGCCAUUUGGAGUUGCUGUGCAGGAGAGAGAAAGGAUGGAGACACAACCUUUGGGAAAGGAGGGAGCCGGAAAAGGCUCUUCAGCUGCUCAGCCUGGGAAGCUGUGGACAAGGACUGGGCAGAAGAUCCUGCAGGAGGAAACCAUCCUCCCUUCAGAAGUUCAGCCCUGGAACUUCAUCCAAUACUGGGAGGCUGAGGGUCCCCGAGGACUUUGCAGCCGACUCCAUGGCUUUUGUAGGCAAUGGCUGAGACCAGAAAAGCACACCAAAGCCCAGAUGCUGGACCUGGUGGUUCUGGAGCAGCUCCUGUUCCUUCUGCCCCCAGAGAUGGAGGGCUGGGUGAGGGAAUGUGGAGCAGAGACCAGCUCCCAGGCGGUGGCCCUGGCUGAAGGCUUCCUCCUGAGCCAAACGGAGGAGCAGAAGGAGCAGGUUGACUUGCAGGGCUGCACUGUGGAGAUCAGAGAUCCUGAGGGAAAGAAGAGCCCAUCAAAUCCCCCUCAGGAUCUAUUUUUCAGGAGGAUCCCUUGGGAAGAUCAAAGUCAAGACACCUCAGGAGAGGAAAAAAGAAUGAAGUUUUCUGGUUUUUCUGACAGAAAUCAAACAGCGGUUGAAUCUCCAAAUCAAAAGGGCCUUGUGUCCUUUGAAGAGGUGGCUGUGUAUUUCUCAGAGGAGGAAUGGUCUCAGCUGGAUCCUGACCAAAAAGCGCUGCAUUCGGAAGUCAUGCUUGAAAACCAUAGGAACGUGGUCUCUCUGGGUAAUAAUGGACAGGAGAAUCAAGAUUCCUGUGAACUGUUCCAAGUAAUCAACCGUAAAGAUGGAACAGAGAAAUUUGGAAUUCAAAUGGAAUUAGAAAGCCAUAAGAGAAAAAAAUCAAAUAAUAGGAAUCAGAAAAGAUCACCACCUACUGAUGCUCCAAUGCAAGACUUUCUUGCCCAAGAAGAGAAAAUAAGGAAAAAAUAUAUUGGGAAAAGUGUGAAGCUAAUCAAAGAUAAAUUACAUGUAAACGAGCACUAUUUAACCCAAAACAAAGGAGAAGAUGCUAUAAGACACAACGGACAAAAUUACAAUGGGACAUUCAUUCAUUCUCUUGAAAAUAACUUACUUGAAUCUCAAAAAGUGAGUCACACAAAAAAGGACCCUUACAAAUGUUUGGAACCAUAUAAAUGCAUGGAGUGUGGGAAAAUCUUUACUCGUAGCAAUGGACUUCGAUACCACAAAAUGAUCCACACAGGAGAGAAACCAUAUAAAUGCAUGGAGUGUGGGAAAACCUUUACUCAUAGCAAUGGACUUCGAUACCACAAAAUGAUCCACACAGGAGAGAAACCAUAUAAAUGCAUGGAGUGUGGGAAAACCUUUAGUCAUAGCAAUGGACUUCGAUACCACAAAAUGAUCCACACAGGAGAGGAACCAUAUAAAUGCAUGGAGUGUGGGAAAACCUUUAGUCAUAGCAAUGCACUUCGAUACCACAAAAUGAUCCACACAGGGGAGAAGCCAUUUAAAUGCAUGGAGUGUGGAAAGACCUUUGCUCGAAGACAUCAUCUUAUUUACCAUCAGAUGAUCCACACAGGGGAGAAGCCAUUUAAAUGCAUGGAGUGUGGAAAGACCUUUGCUCGGAGAGAUAAACUUAUUUACCAUCAGAUGGUCCACACAGGGGAAAAGCCAUUUAAAUGCAUGGAGUGUGGAAAGACCUUUGCUCGGAGAGAUAAACUUAUUUACCAUCAGAUGAUCCACACAGGGGAGAAGCCAUAUCAAUGCACGGAGUGUGGAAAGACCUUUGCUCAUAAUACUGAUCUAAGAAUACAUAAUAGAAUCCACACAGGGGAAAAGCCAUUUAAAUGCAUGGAGUGUGGAAGGACCUUUGCUCAGAAUGGUCAUCUUACUUCUCAUAAAAGGAUCCACACUCGGGAGAAAGUAUAUAGCAAUAACAAUUCCACUUUAGACUUAUAUACCACUCCACAAUGCUUUACAGCACUGUCUAAGCAGUUCACAAAACCAGCAUAUUGUCCCCAGCAAUCUGAGUCCUCGUUUUACUGACCUCAAAAGGUUGAAACGCUGACUUAACAAUGAGCCAGUCAGGAUCGAAUUGCUGGCUGUGGGCAAUUAGCUUCUAGUACUGCAUUCUGCAUUGCAUACUGCAAUGCAUACUUUAUUUUCAUACCGCAUUGAAACUCAACAUUAAGAAAACUAAAAUCAUGGCAACCUUCCCUUUCAAUUCCUGGCAGAUAGAUGGUGAAGAAAUGGAGGUAGUGACAGAUUUUAUUUUCCUGGGUUCCAAGAUCAGCGCAGAUGGGGACUGCAGCCAAGAAAUUAAAAGACGCUUGCUCCUGGGGAGGAAAGCUAUGGCAAAUCUAGACAGCGUACUAAAAAGCAGAGACAUCACCCUGCCAACAAAAGUGCGUAUAGUCAAAGCUAUGGUUUUCUCAGUUGCAAUGUAUGGCUGUGAAGGUUGGACCAUAAGAAAGGCUGAGCGCCAAAGAAUUGAGGCCUUUGAACUCUGGUGCUGGAGAAGACUCCUGCGCGUCCCUUGGACUGCAAGGCGAACAAACAAGUCAGUUGUAGAGGAGAUCAAUCCUGACUGCUCUUUAGAAGGCCAGAUCCUGAAGAUGAAACUGAAAUACUUUGGCUACCUAAUGAGAAAGAAUGACUCACUGGAGAAGAGCCUAAUGCUGGGAAAGAUUGAGGGCAAAAGAAGAAUGGGACGACAGAGAACGAGGUGGCUGGAUGGAGUCACUGAAGCAGUAGGCAUGAGUUUAAAUGGACUCCAGAGGAUGGUAGAGGACAGGAAGGCCUGGAGGAAUGUUGUCCAUGGGGUCGUGAUGGGUCGGAUGUUUAGUCUUUGGAAAAAGUGUAAAGAUCAGCUAAGAUGAUUAAAGGCCUGAAGACUAAAACGUGAAGAAUUGUUGCAGGAUUUGGAUUUGACUAGUCUAGAGAAAAGAAGGAUUAGGAGUGAUAGCAGUACUCCAGGACUUGAGAGGCUUCUACAAAGAGGAGGGGGUCAAUUUAUUUUCCAAAGCACCAGAGGGCAAACAAGAAACAGUGCCUGUGAACUAGUCAAGGAAAGAAGCAACCUGGAAUUAACAAUCUUCCUUAUAGUGAGGACAACCAGUGGAACAGCUUUUCUUCAAACAUUGUGGGUGCUUCAUAACUGGACGUUUAUAAGAAGACGUUUGAUAGUCACUUAUCUGAAAGGGUAUAAGACGGGUCAGCAACCUGCAGUUCUGGAGCUGCAUGUGGCUCUUUCACCCCUCUGCUGUGGCUUCUUGUCACUCAAAAUAUGUGUCACAACCACUAAUGUGCGACACUUUCCAGCACAUGAUUUAUUGAGGUUUUCAACCCCCGGUAGGCCAACCAUGGAUAAAUCCAAGAAAAGGAAAGUUUCAGAACAAAACAGAAGGUUUAAUUCUACUACAUGUGUUCUGUCCUCCGCCUCCGUCCGAAUGAUGGCUUAAUUAGCUGGCACUAUCAGCUCUGGCGGCAAAAAAACUGUGUCUGCCAAGAGCCCUCGUUAUCUUCCAUGACACUGGUGAGUCACAAACUUCAGCUCUAGUCAAUCAGUGGAUUAUCCUAUUACAAAGAGACACACCAGCUCUUGCUGCCUUUUAUAUCCUGUGGGGUAUGGCUCCAUGACUCAGCACUUCCUAGGCCUGCCGCACCCUUGCUUCUGUUGUUCCCUCCUCUCCUGCCUAGGAAACCUAAGAUUCAACCAAGCCUGAUUGCUGUCAGCUGCGUCUGCAGGCAUGGCCUGCUGGGGGGGGGGGAAGAGUCAGGGGAUGGAGGCCUCAUUAUUUCUUCCACCUGGUCUGCUUCUGGCUCCUGGAGCUGAGCCAGGGGAGCCGGCGCUCCUGAGGCAAGUCCUGACAGCCCUUCCCCCUCACUUUCCAAGUCACUUUCUGGCAGCAGGGCCGGCUUGGGGGGCACAGACACAACAACAUGUGCUAGUUUUGUGGUCGUUCAAGAAAUAGUCAGGCACAGGUAGGGUUCUGUGGCUCCUGGUGUUUUCUUUUCUGUGGGAAACGGGUGCAAAUGGCUGUUUGAGUUUUUAAGGUUGCAGACCCCUGGUAUAGGUUCUCCUAGUUGAGCAGGGGGCUGGACUAGAAGAGCUCCAAGUUCCCUUCCAGCUUGAUUUUGAUUCUGAAUCCUUAAACCUGCUUUUUCUUCUUUCUUUUUGUUAAGUAAAAGGUUUUAAAGGAAACAUGGACAUCAGUGGAGAUGAAGGUUAUCAUUUGGCCUGAAAGUGAUGUAUGGGUGCCAAUAUUUAAGUGGAUCAUUUCAAGAAACUUCCUCUGAUGAGUAUAUCCACUAGAGCAAGUUGCAGUCAGAAAUGGAGAAGUCCUGAAUCCCUUACUAUUGUUUCAGCAUUUUUUCCUUUGCUUAAUAUUGUCAAAAUCUGCCUUUCCACCCUGCUUCCCAUUAUGUCUUGCAUGUGAUAACUGAGAAACAAAACCAUAAGGAGAACGGGGUUAUAAUGAUGUCGAAUUAGAAAAUACAACUCAUGGGCUCUUUGUCCUAAUUUUGUGGUGAUCUUUCCUUGCCUUUCCUCAUGUUGGCCAUCUCUGCCCUCACACAGUUGUGUGAAAAGUGUUGCUUGAACUCAGAAUAGUUCUAGCAUUCUGGAAAUAUGCAUAUCUUUAUAUUUGUUCCGAUGUUUGUCCACUCAUAGAGUGUUGAAGCAAAUAGUUUUAUUAAGGGAAAGCAGUGGUAGGGAAAUGUGGAUGCAUAUUAAGUUCCCCUAGCUAGCCAGUCUACUGGCCAACCAAGGUAGUCCUUGAUUUACAAUCAUUUAUUAAGUAACCAUUCAAAGUUACAAUGGCACUGAAUGAUGGUUCUGACUUCCUCCCUCCCUCUCUCCCUCCCUCCCUCCCUCGUUUUGUUCCUUCCCUGCCUCCCACCUCCCUCCCUCCCUCCCUUGUUUCCUUGUCCCAAAUUAGGGAUACUCCAGAGAAUCAGAAUGAGAAUCACUCCAGUGUGCUAAGAUUACAAAUGAUCAAACAAGCAGGGAUACCUUUGAAAGUCUUUGGGGUCCCGUGCCUCUGCCUGUGCUGCCCGCAAUAGUCCCAGUUGCUGCAAGUAAGCAGCGAGAACAUCGAGAGCAAAAAGUGGAGUUGCCUAUUAGGGGCAAGUUUUAUCAAGUCGAUUGAUUCUGCAGAAGUUUCAGCGCGUUUCAGUAAUGCAAUCCCACUUCUGGACCAAUUGAUCUAUCGCUCUAUUUGUCAUUUAUUAACCUGAGCUAUUGCCCCCAACAAUCUGAGUCCUCAUUUUACAGACCUCAGAAAGAAGGAUGGAAGGCUGAGUCAACCUUGAGCUGCUGAGACCUGAACUGCCAAAGUGCUGGCAGCGAGUGAUCAGCAGAAGUAGCCUGCAGUACUGCACUCUAACACCUGUGUCACCAAGGCUCUUAUAUAUGCCAGUCCACGAAGCUUUAUAGCAAUCUUUGAGCAGUUUACAAAGUCAGCAUAUUGUCUCCAGCACUCUGGUCCUCGUUUUACCAAACAGAAAGAUUAAAGGCUGAAUCAACUAUAAGCUGGUCAGAUCGAACUCAGCUUUCAGCUUUUCCUCCAUUUUGGAACUAUUUUUCUUUUCUCUUUCUCUUCAGAGCCUUUCCGCGGGCACAAGAGACGGGUCACCUGGGGUGUUCAUCAGAAUUGGCUGGAGGGGUCUCUGCCCUUUCUGCUUCCCUCCUUCAAUGUGAGGCUGAGGGAAUAAUUUGGGAACGGGGCCUGUAUGUAUUCAAUUAAAGAAAUAAAAAACAAAUGUAUGAAAAUCAUUUUCCUGAUUGUGGCUUCCCUGCCUG